GAUCCUUUGCGAGCUUGGCGCGGACUGUUACGUUGUCACGGCAUUCAAAUAUUCCUUCAAGCUUUGUUAAGGGUGUGGGGAAAAUCUCGCUGAAAUGUUCCACUAAUUACCCGUCUGCGUGUGCCGGGAGCUGGAUUUUAUUUCCGUGAAUGUUGGCUGCACGCAGGGUUUGUUUCUUUUGGCGCCUUGAAGAAGACAGAAGCAGCUUGGCAACAUUGCAAUUGCUCUUGGGCCAAAAGCUACUUUUCUGAAGGCUCUGCUCGGCAGGCACGUGGAGCUUUAACUGUGUUAUCAUGCCAAGAAGGACAAGUUACUUCACUUCUUGGGCUGGAGCCACAAGGGAAUCCCUGACCGUGACGCAGGCGAAGGAAGGGCUUUGCAGUUCCAGGAAACAGUUGGAGGGUUUUUGUAGCUGGUCAUCAAGGUGUCUUAUCUACCUGUGCUUCGACAUCCAUCAUUGGUCUAUCAUCAAGACAAAAGUCUCCGCGGAAAGAAUAGAAUCCCUUUCUCCUCAAAGACAAAUCAUUUGUCAUCAAUUGCUUUCUGUGAGCAGAAAGGCCAAGCAUCAUCUCCAGACCACCUCCCAAUCGGUGCUCCCUCGGUGGGGGAGGGAGGCAAGGCAGUGAAACACUGUGCCUGUUCCCCACAGAGAUGAAGCUGCAGGCCGUCAUGGAGAACCUGCACAGGCAGCAAAGGGCCAAGCUCUUGAUGGAGCAGCAACUUCAGCAGCAAGCGGCCGUGCAGCACGCUCACGCCCGGCCAGGCGGAGGAGCGGCGGACGAUUCUCGAAUCAGCCCGGCCCCCGAAGCCGAGCAGGCCCAGUUGGUGGCCCUGGCGGCCAUGCGAGCGGCGGCGGCCGGCUUACAGAGGGUGUCGGAGCGCAGCAGCGGCACUGAGGAGGAAGACGACGACAAUGACGGAGAGGAACAGUACAAAGAUAUGAUGGGGUCGGACGAGGAGGAACAAAUCAAACAAAAGUGGGACGAGGAGGACUUUGAAGGCGAGAUGGAAGAAGACUUUGAUGACGACCUCGCGGAAGAAGGUCUGCCCACCGGCCACAACGCGGUGGCGCCCGGCAAAGGUAUCCUCCUGCUGCCCCACCGCCAGCUCCACCCUCACUCCCAGCUGCUGAAGGCUCGGCCCAGCGUUGACCAAGAGCCCCGCAUCGCCAUCUUGCCUCCCCACACCGCACACGGCCAUCUGGGCCAAGACCACGGGGAGUGGACCUACGAGGAACAGUUCAGACAGCUGUAUGAACUGGAUGGAGACCCGAAGAGGAAAGAGUUUCUGGAUGACCUCUUCAGCUUCAUGCAGAAAAGAGGAACCCCUGUGAAUCGGAUCCCCAUCAUGGCCAAGCAGGUCCUGGAUCUGUACAUGCUCUACAGGCUGGUGACUGAGAAGGGGGGCCUGGUGGAGGUCAUCAACAAGAAGCUGUGGAGGGAAAUCACCAAAGGACUCAAUCUGCCUACCUCAAUCACCAGUGCAGCCUUCACGCUUCGCACUCAAUACAUGAAGUACCUGUACCCAUACGAAUGUGACAAAAGGGGUCUGAGCAACCCCAACGAACUCCAAGCCGCCAUCGACAGCAAUCGACGGGAAGGUAGACGACAGAGCUUCGGCGGCUCCCUCUUCACCUACUCCCCCAACGGGACACCCACCAUGCUAUCUUCGCCAAAGCUCUCCACGCCUACCAUGGCUUUGACUGUAGGCACCAACGGAGCCUCGCUCACCCCCAUCCAGAAGAUCAAGAAAGAAGAAGAAGGCGGACAGCUUUUCCACGGAGUUGGCGUGCCUCGCAUGCCGGUGGGAGCCCUGGCGGGCCACUCGGUGGCGGCCGUGCAGGCGGCCCAGGCGGCCAUGGCGGCUCAGGUUGUGGCUUUGGAACAGCUGAGGGACAAAUUGGAAGGCGGAGAGCCGCCCGAGAAGAAAAUGGCGCUCCCGGCAGAGGAGCAUCAUCGACUGCUGCAGAGAGCCUUGCAACACAAUUUGAUGGCCAUGACAGCCCAGAUACCAAUGAACAUCCGGAUCAACCAACAAGACGGCAGGCAGGAGUCUGCCAUGAACCUUACAAGCAAUGGCACAAACAGCAUUAGUAUGUCGGUGGAGCUCAACGGAGUCAUGUACACUGGUGUCCUUUUUGCUCAGGCAGCAGCUGGGUCAGCCCCGUCGGGGGGGCCCCUCUCCGGCAAGCCUGCGGGCAGCCGUGUCUCUCCUCAUCAUCUGCAGCAGCAGACCACAACUACCUCAACCUCCAACAAUCCAGUGUCUUAACAAAAGCCUCAGCUUUUUUUUUUUUCUUUUUUCAAACCAAGCUACAUAAAGCCAAAAACGAAAAAAAACAACAUAUUUUUUAAAUAAUCGACACCAAAAAAAGCAUACGCAAAGACACAACGGAACACAAUCACUUGAAAUACACUCUCAGGUUCUGUCUUCAUCUCUUUUGUUCCUCAUAGCCACAAACUAUCCCAACAGAGAGCCAGUAUAUGUCAAAGCAAAAUGUAUGUGCAACCUGUGAAUUAUUUAUUUCUACAUACAUGUACAAGAUGAUGGAAGAGCAAAAGAGAAGUUCAUAAGCAGGAAGGUGUAACGCACCGCUUACACUUACAAACACAGCUACUGACUGACAGUCACGUUUCAUCCUCUCGGGGAGAGAUGCUUUUUAUUUGACCUUUGACCUAUUGCUUUGUUGUUAUUUUGCAACUUUUAGUGUUUUUAUCAUUUAAAUCUUUAUCGAUACUAUCACUGCAGGAAAAACAUUUAUAUAUUUAGAAUUCUAUGGAAAGAAAAAAAAAAAUAUCGUCUAUUUUUAAUCCGAAAAGAAGCUUUACAAAGGUAUAUGUCGUUUCUUCAGGGUGUGUAGCGACGCGACCUACUUAAUGUAUACAGAUACCUUAGCAGCCGUUGUCGAGGAGUCUUUAUCGAUAUAUUUGGCGAGGUGAGAGCUCAACUGCUGAAUUCAUACGUGCAUAUCUGUAUUUCCUCGUCACGAGACCAGUUCCAUACUCGAUCGGCGUUGAAGCUAAUUUGGCUCGCUGAGUAAGAUCAACUUUUGCUGCAUUCUUCAGAAAGAUCUGGAGUUGCUUUUCUCUGGCAAAAAGGUCUAAUGCAUGCCUGUAUUUGUGAGUAAAACCUGAAGGAAAACCGAUUCGCUUUCAGGGAUGUCUGUCCGCUUAAUCCUUGUUGUCGUGAGGAAGCUCACUUGGACAACGGGAGGACCUGAUGUAGUUAAACAUGUAUCUGGCGCUUUCGUCGUUGUGUUUUUUUUUGGUCUUGUAUAUAUUUUUGGGUGUGCAUGACGUUGUGCUUCUCAUCUAAGUGCUUCUUAUAGAUUCCAGGAUCAAUGGUUUUUUGCAGUGCUCGUCAAAGCUCACCACACUUUGCCAAACGAUCGGGCUCGUAGGUUCUUUUUCCCGAGGCCCGGAACAGUACGAGGUGAGCAGUUGUCACUUUUUUACUGUUCCGGGUCAAAUAUUAGCAGCUGCUGUCGCUUUGAUCGGAGCCUGGCGUUUCUGCCUCGGGUCACCACCAGCUGCUAUACAAACAUGUCACACUGUGCGUGUACAAUCUCGCACUUUUUGAAGGCAAAAUGGAAUUUACACUGGAGUAUUAUGGACCUACUGAUGAGGGGAAUAAAAGAAUAGCGUUAAUGUGAGAUUAAGGUCAGAACAAGCCUAACGGACAUUUGACGUCUAUAUCCGUCAAUGGCAGUGAAUGCGUUAAUAUGACUAAAAAAGAAAAAUGGACUAUUUUUCAGACUGUUACGUUUACGUACGUGCUUUUUCAGUCAAAUAACGCUUAUGAUAAUAGAACUUUUUUUCCUUUUGAGUGUUGCCAUAAUACUCCGUCAUCAGAACGUAAGGCUCUGCCCCUUUUCCACAAGUGGGCGCUGUCAUUGCCAAACAGAAAGCACAGCUGCUCGUCGGAGUAGGUCGUAUAUUGUCUUUUGGGGUGUCACAAUUCAUGAGGUACCACCUGCAACUUACAAACUAACAACUAUUUGAACCUGUCCCAUCACCCCCGAGUUCUAAGUGUGAACUGGAAACACCACCAAGACUACAGAAAAAAAAAAAAAAAAAAGUGAGCCAUUUGGAAACUGUUUAUUUUCUUACCGGUACAAAUUGCAGUUGGCGUUAACUCAUUCACUGCCAACCCAGUUCAUAUCUUUGACGUCUAUAAGCGUCAGCGGCGCUGAAUGAGUUAAAGAAAUGUGAUCAGAAACAUUUCAUAUCUUCCCAGAAUCCGAUUCUCAGAGUAGAUUGUUUGAAGGUGAAGUAACAAAGACAGAUAGUGCCUUCCAACAAUAGUUGUGACAUUUUUACAAAGCAUUACGAAAUACAUGACAUGAAGAAGUUCUUUUUUUGGGGGGGAAUGCUUUUGGAUUUGGAGCAGAUGUCAGAGAUGCCGUAAAAGAGCUGACAAUCAAAUCAAGGCAUUCUAGCAACUGUUUGGGGGGGGGGGGGGUGUAGAAAACCAAAAUUCAAUCAAUCUUGAGCUAAAGAAUCAACAAUGCCCCCCCCCCACCGACACUUUUGUCUCCCUGACCUUUUGACCCCAAGAUUCAAGCACCUGCCCCCAACAUCCCUCCUGUACGAAUUGUCCAACCAGCUUUGUGAGACAUUUAAACAGUUGCUGUCUUUUUCUCUCUCCAUCUCAUAUAUCUGCAACUCAAUGUGAGUUUGCUGUGUUUUUUUUUUUUUUUUUUUUUUUUUUUUUUUUUUUUUGUCUGUGACAAUCAGGAGUUAUUGUGACAACACUGUAUACCUCCAUACACUCUUGAAUAUCCUUUCAGCCACUGUUUUGACACCUUUCUACCUCAAUGACUUUGACACGCUGGGAAGAAAAAAAAAAAAAAAAGAAAAAAAAACCUGGGUAUUGAUUUUGUUAGCCCUCCACUAAUGAUUACAGACAAUCAGAUAACAGCUAAUUGGGACUUUCUCUCUUGAUUUGUUGCCAUUGCCUUAUGGAAAGGAAGGUGGUGGUAGGUAGGAGCUCGUGGAAAGGUUUUUGAAGUUGGACCCUCCAAGUGGCUGAGUAUAUUUACAGUCUUUCCUUUUUUUUUUGGAUUCAAACACUGAAGAACCAAAGUUCACUUCAUUCGUGAUUUUCCCGUAGCUCUUGGCAGGAUCGUCCGUUUAUAACGAGAACAUUUCUGGAAAAAAAAAAAAAGUCUUAACUCAGCAAAGAAAUGUUAUUUCUUUUUUUGUUUUGUUCUUGUUUUGAAUGCAGUUGACUUUGGAUUGAAUGCAGUCUUUACUGCAUCUACACUUUAGUGUAGAUUGGACAGUUUCACUUUAUCCAUGUGCUCGCUGUGUAUAAAAAAAAAAAAUAUCUUGGACUUGAAAUAUUGCUGCUGUCAAUCCCUUCAUGGACCAUUCACCACUUUUAUGGGCCUGAAUGCUUCUGGAACAUCACUGCCUCCGCCUAGGAGAAGGUGGCGUGCAGACGAUGGUGACAAAGUAACAAGAUGCCUUCUGCUGUGACAAUUGUAUGAAUUAACAUGUAUUACUAAGAUUCAUGGAGUAGAAUAUUUCUGGCUUUUUAGGGCUAUGAAUGAUAUCAUGUAAGUUUGUUUUUGCUAUUUCUUUGCUUUUGUUUUUUUUCCCUCCAUGCUGUUGCAAACCAGCAUACGGAGAUGACAUUUUAGAGCAGAUUUAUUACCUUAGUAAUGAUGGUGGUGAUGAUGAUAAUGUGACGAUUUUUUGGGAAGCUUGUGUGCUCCUCGUGUUUUCAGCUAACUUCAGAAAUUCAGGAAACAAGGCGUUGUGUCUUGUCUCUUAAAACUUCUCAGGAAAAUCUACCUCUACCUCCAGUUGGAUGCAUUUAUCCCAGUUGGGUGUCAAGUUCCAUUUUAGUGGGUACACAGAGCGGGCAGAUGUUACAAGCCCGACUGAUUUGUGCUGAUGAUGCAACAGCGGAGAUCCCACAGUUCAAAAGUACUGCUUUCUAUCGUACCACUGUUAGCACCACAAGUAGUCUUCGGUAUGUUCACUCGACGUGUGCUUAUUCCUUCUUUAUCUAUACGUACAUGAUUUUAAAUAAAUGGGAUGUUUCCUAGUAACCUUGGUAACAGUGAAGUGGGAAGGCAAUGCAACCUUUUUUUUUUUCCUCUCUCUAUUUUGAAUGGUGAAGAGUUAUUCUUGCCUAUUUACUCAAUGUGUUUGUGUGAAUACUUUAAAUUUGAAUCUGAAAUGAAUAAAAUACCAACUUUCUUAAAUGUCACAA